AUGCGUCAAAUUAUCUACGACGCGUUCCUGCCAAUCGGUUACCCGGACUCGGUAACCCCAGAUUAUCUGGGCUACCAGACUUUCGACUCGCUCCAGGCCUUCUUCUCCACCAUCACUGGCCUUCUCUCCAAUCGUGCCAUCUUGCAGGGCCUCGGUGUCGGCGAUCCAAACUCGUCCGCCACAUACGCCCUCCUCCUGACCAUCCUCAAGGAUGGCAUCUCCCGCGUCGCCACCAUAGUCUUCGCCUAUCGCUUCGGCCUGGUCAUCGAGCCCGAGUGCAAGAGAUACCGCUUUCUCGCUGAUAUCUUCAACGACAGCGCCUUCUUCCUCAACCUCUUCAGCCCCUACUUUGACCCCUGGACCAAGGUCGGCGCCUUAGUCCUCGCCGAAGCCUUGGGUGCCAUGUGUGGCGUCGCCGCCGGCGCAAGCAAGGCCGCCCUCUCGAAGCACUUUGCCCGCCGCAACAACCUCAGCGAGCUCAACGCCAAGGAGGCGUCCCAGGAGACGGCUGUCGGCCUCGUUGGCCUGCUCGUUGGGUCCGUCGUGGUGCGCUUCGUCGAGGGCCGCGAGGCUGUCUUCGCCCUCAUGACAUUCCUCGUCUUCGUCCACCUCGGCAUGAACUAUCUCGGCGUCCGCUGCGUCCAGCUCGCCACCCUCAACCAGCAACGCGCCACCAUCCUCUUCGAGCACUAUGCGCGGACGAAGCAGGUGCUGACCCCUGCGCAGGUCGCCAGUCGCGAGAACAUCCUCUUUUGGUCGCCUGUUAUCAAAAACCACCGCGGGAAGGUUGUCGCGAAUAUCAGAUUCGCCAAGAGCUAUGCCGAUGCCAUGACUGCCGACGUCAAGAGCGCCGGCAUCCGCUACAUUACACUCAAGGGCGAGGGCCAGUCGAAGAAGGAGGCAAAGACCGCUGCGGCGAGCUUCGUGCUCUGCCUCUGUGAGCAGCUUGAGGUCACCACUGUCAAGAUCCUGUUACUCAGCGACCGCCCACACGACGAUACAGAUGACCUCAAGACCAUCGAGGCGUGGUUUUACGCUACCUUGCUCGCGCGGGAUCGCCAGCUGGGCACAAAGACGAGCACGCGCAAGCUGCUUGGGGCUAUCCCCGUGGAUGAGGUUGAGAUUGACGACGAGGAUCAGAAGCUGAGUUUUGCGGCGCUUCAGGAAGCUGGCUGGGACGUCAGUGAGGCCAACUUGGAUGCCUUUGCUCCACGCAUCAGCAUGGGAUACACGGCCAAGAAGGAGCUGUAG